AUGGCGGAGCUGCAGGGCACCCCGGUGGCACAGGACGCCCUGACCGUGGCGCAACUCGAGCUUGAGGGGAAUCCGAAUGCCUUGGCGCUGCGUAGGCCAUUCGAUCCGGUGGCGCAUGAUCUCGACGCGUCCUUCCGCUUGACGCGUUUCGCCGACCUGAAAGGAUGAGGGUGCAAAGUCCCUCAGGAAGUUCUUGGUAAACUCCUCGAGGGACUUCAGGCCGACGACGCGUCUGCACAGGACCAUGAGCAUGCCCACUUUAUGCAUAUGGCAAUCCCACGCAUUGGUAUUGGCAUGGAUUCCUCCGUGACGCCGGUGCGACACGGUGGGCUUAGCCUAGUGCAGACUACAGAUUUCUUUUAUCCCCUAGUCGAUGAUCCUUAUAUGAUGGGUAAAAUCGCGUGCACCAAUGUCCUCAGUGAUCUGUAUGCAAUGGGUGUGACGGACUGUGACAAUAUGCUAAUGCUGCUGGGCGUUAGUACAAAGAUGACAGAGAAAGAACGUGACGUUGUGGUGCCAUUAAUCAUGAGAGGUUUCAAGGAUUCUGCUCUAGAUGCGGGUACUACAGUGACAGGUGGCCAGACAGUUGUAAAUCCUUGGUGCACUAUUGGUGGAGUUGCAACUACUGUUUGUCAGCCAAAUGAGUACAUUGUACCAGAUAAUGCUGUGGUAGGGGAUGUAUUGGUUUUAACAAAACCUCUUGGCACGCAAGUCGCUGUCAACGCACAUCAAUGGCUUGAUCAGCCCGAUCGUUGGAACAGAAUCAAACUUGUAGUAAGCGAAGAGGAUGUGCGAAAGGGUUAUCAACGUGCAAUGGACAGUAUGGCUAGGUUGAAUAGAACAGCUGCUAGAUUAAUGCACAAGUACAAUGCGCAUGGAGCCACAGAUGUAACCGGUUUUGGCCUUCUGGGACACGCUCAGAAUUUAGCAAAACAUCAGAAGAAUGAAGUCUCCUUUGUUAUCCAUAAUCUCCCUGUUAUCUCCAAGAUGGCUGCAGUGGCAAAAGCGUGUGGGAAUAUGUUCCAGUUAUUGCAGGGUCAUUCAGCUGAGACUAGUGGCGGUCUGCUUAUUUGCCUUCCUCGAGAACAGGCUGCGGCGUAUUGUAAAGACAUUGAGAAACAAGAAGGAUAUCAAGCAUGGAUUAUCGGAAUUGUUGAGAAAGGUCUUCGCACGGCCAGAAUAAUUGAUAAGCCGCGAGUAAUUGAAGUUCCGGCUAAGGAGAAGGACGGUGAGCUCUGGUAAAAAGGGAAAAGAAACUUUGCCCUGUGGGAAGAAGAGAUAUUUCACAUUGAUUCCCUUAAUUAUACAUACGUUCAUAUUUGGAAAAAAAGAACAGCACGCAUAUACACUCGACAGCGCUUUUUACGUGCACCAUGAGCGAAAAGAAUUAUUUAAUUGUAUCUGUAUCUCUCCCUUUCCAUGAAACAAAUCGCAUUUUCAGUGGUAUUAAAAUCUCGAUUAUUAAAUCGCAGAACACAUAGAAAUCAAACUGUUUUACGGGUCAUUUAAUUUUUAAAAAAUGAAGUGACUCUUGUGGUUUAAUAAUAGAUUUGUUAAUAGCGAAUAGCACAUCAUAUUUUAUUCAAAACAUCUGUAUUUGCAGAAAGAGGUUCUGUUUCCUUGUUUUUCUUUUCAUAUUGACAUUGUAAACCUAACAACAGUUUAAAAGUGAGCCUGUUUAAAGCCGGCUAUUAAUGCAUUCUUGUACCGAGAAAAGUUAAGGAAGUAAUAAAUUUAUAUAGUACC